AAUGGCGGAUUAGAAUGAAUAGCGCAUUGGAGUAAUGUCAGUGAUUGAAAUCAGUUCAAAUAAUUGGAAUAGCGUUCCAGUUCUUUUGAUUUAGAAUUUUGGUCGGGAAUUUUAAUUGUCCAGUAUGCCAGAAAUAAAGAUUGUCCCACUUGGUGCUGGACAAGAUGUUGGUCGGAGCUGUAUCUUGGUCACGAUUGGAGGAAAGAAUAUCAUGUUUGAUUGUGGCAUGCAUAUGGGAUACAAUGAUGAGCGUCGUUUUCCCGACUUCAAGUAUAUAACGAAAACUGGUCGGUUGAAUCAACAUCUUGAUUGUGUAAUUAUAACACAUUUUCACCUGGACCAUUGUGGAGCAUUACCAUAUUUCUCAGAGAUGGUUGGUUAUGAUGGUCCCAUCUACAUGACUCAUCCAACUAAGGCUAUUUGCCCUAUACUACUGGAAGAUUAUAGAAAAAUUACCGUGGAGAAGAAAGGAGAAACUAAUUUCUUUACAUCCCAGAUGAUCAAAGACUGUAUGAAGAAAGUGACUGCCGUCAACUUACAUCAGUCUGUUCAGGUUGACGAUGAAUUAGAAAUCAAACCAUAUUAUGCUGGUCAUGUUUUGGGAGCUGCGAUGUAUUUGGUCAAAGUUGGCAAAGAAUCUGUUGUUUAUACCGGUGACUACAACAUGACACCGGACAGACAUCUUGGGGCAGCAUGGAUUGACAGAUGUCGUCCUGAUGUUCUUAUAACAGAAUCAACAUAUGCGACGACAAUACGAGAUUCAAAAAGAGUAAGAGAGCGCGAGUUCUUGAAGAAGGUUCAUGAUACCAUUGACAAAGGUGGCAAGGUUCUCAUUCCUGUGUUUGCUUUGGGAAGAGCGCAAGAACUUUGUAUCCUCCUGGAAACUUAUUGGGAGAGAAUGAACUUGAAAGUUCCAAUUUUUUUCUCGACUGGUCUGACUGAAAAGGCCAUUCAAUAUUAUAAAUUAUUCAUAACAUGGACAAAUCAGAAAAUCCGAAAUACAUUCGUUCAAAGAAACAUGUUUGACUUCAAACAUGUGAAGCCAUUUGAAAGAUCAUUUGCAGACAACCCUGGACCAAUGGUUGUGUUUGCCACAGCAGGAAUGUUGCAUUCUGGACUGUCUUUACAGUUGUUUAAGAAGUGGGCACCUGAUGAAAAGAAUAUGAUCGUGAUACCGGGAUAUUGUGUUGUGGGUACUGUGGGACAUAAAGUUCUUGCGGGGCAGAAGAAGAUAGAAUUGGAUAAAAAGACAACGAUUGAUGUGAAACUCUCAGUACAGCAAAUGUCCUUCAGCGCUCAUGCAGACGCCAAGGGCAUCAUGCAACUAAUACGACAGGCUGAACCUCGUCAUGUAGUCUUAGUUCAUGGUGAAUCGCAAAAGAUGGAUUUUCUACGAGAUAAAGUUAAAGAAGAAUUUGGCAUUGGUUGCUCAAAACCCGCGAAUGGCGAAACCAUCUCCAUAACAACUACACCUCAAGUCAGCGUGGACAUGUCUCUUAGUUUGUUAAAAAGAAGUAUAAAGAAAGAAACUUCACAAGCUUCUAAACGAGCUAAAGUCCUCGACAAACUUCCAGUCAAAGGUGUUUUAGUCAUGAAGGACGCGUCACUGAGAUUACUGGAACAAAACGAAGCAUUCAAAGAACUUGGUUUGGUCGAACAUCAAUUGCGAUUUACAUCAUCGGUAAAUUUAGACACCAGACAGUCCGCAAAUGACGUCAUGGAACAGUUACAGACAUUAUUGCAAGGAUCGUUACCAGACAGAACGGUUCAAAGAAUUGGCGAAGGAGCUCUUGCUGUAGACUCAGUUAUAGUGAAGCUUUCAGCAGCAGUAACUGAAGAAGAUGAAAAUUGUGAUGUUCUUGUUUCCUGGAUGUAUCAGGACGAAGAUCUGGGAAGUAAAGUUUUGAACUUGUUGGAAAGCCAGAAAAGUAAAUUACCUGAGGACGGUGAACUUAUCGAAGCUGAAUCUAUGUCGCCUGAGAUGUAAACUGGCGCGCGUCUGCAUCAUGAU